CCUCUCCUCAGUCAGCCGGCGGCGCCGGCGGGGAGCGGAUCGGUGGCUCCGCGCUCGUCCUCCCGAGCCGCCAUGGAGGCGCCGCCUGCCCCCCCCGCCGUCCCGCCGGCUCCCUGCACCGCCGCCCGCAGCCUGCAGGACGAGCUGACGUGCCCGGUGUGCCUGGAGUACUUCAACGACCCCGUGCUGGUAGCCGAGUGCGGUCACAACUUCUGCCGGGCCUGCGUGACCCAGUGCUGGGAGGACUCGGCGCGGCGCCUCUGCUGCCCGCAGUGCCGGGAGCCGGUUCCGCAGCGGCUCUUCCGCCCCAACCGCUCUCUGGGUAACAUCGUCCACAUCGUGCGACAGCUGGGCUUGCCGCAAGGUCUCGCUGAGGCUCCCCCGGGCCCUCCCGCUCCGUCUCCGCCGCUUCCCGCCGCCGUCCCGCCGGGGCCUCCGCGGUGUCCGCGGCACGGGGAGCCGCUGCGGUUGUUCUGCGUGCAGGAUCGCCGGGCCGUCUGCGUGGUGUGUCACCUGUCCCGGGAGCACCGCGCACACACCGUGCUGCCCGCCGAGGAGGCGGCCCACGCCGCGGAGGAGGUGCCGCAGGAGCAGCUGAGCUUCAUGAGGAAAGGCUGCGAGGAGGCCAAGGCCGAGCGGGAGAGACGCAGCGAAGCUUUGCUGAAGCAGACGGAGCAGGAGCGGGAGAAGGUGGUUUCCGAGUGCCGGGAGCUGCGCGCCUUCCUGGAGGAGAAGGAGCAGGUUCUGCUGGGCCGCCUGGAGCAGCUGCAGCGCGAGGUGACGCGGCGCAGGGACGAGGCGCUGGAGCGGCUGCUCGACCAGAUGGCCCAGCUGGACAAACUGCUGCAGCAGAGCCAGGACGGCGGGACGGCGGCGGCCGACAGCGCCGUUGUGGCUCCAGUUGGUGGCAGCUGGAUUCUGGCCCAGCCGGACUCCGGCUUCUCGGACCUGGAGAAGAAGCUGAAGAGCUUUGCCCAGAAGAGCUCGGUGCUCAAGGAGGUUCUGCUGGAGUUCAAAGAAAACCUGCGUUUCGAGCUGGAAAACGACACAGGCGAUCUGUCCCUGGACCCCGAGACUGCCAACCCCUACCUGGUCCUGUCCGAGGACAAACGCAGCGUCCGGCUCCGCGGGGCCCCCCAGGACCUGCCCCCCAACCCCAAACGCUUCGACUUCUCCUUCUCGGUGCUGGCCAGCGAGGGUUUCUCCUCAGGCCGCCAUUAUUGGGAGGUGGAGGUGGGCGAUGGCGAGAGUUGGGUCUUGGGCGCCGCGCGCGAGUCCGUGCGGAGGAAGGAGAAGAUCGACUUCGCCCCCGAGGAGGGGAUCUGGGCCAUCGGGUUAAACUGGAAAGGGAAGAACUGGGACCAGUAUCAGGCUUUCACGUCCCCGGAGACGCCGCUAUCGUUGUGCGAGCGCCCGCGCAAGAUCGGCGUCUACCUGGAUUACGAGGGCGGUUGGGUGGCGUUCUACAACGCCGACAACAUGGCGCCCAUCUUCACCUUCACCGCCGCCUUCUCCGAGAGGGUGUUCCCCUUCUUCUGGCUCUUCUACGUGGGGUCGUCCCUCUCCCUUUGUAAUUAAGGAGGCGCUGUUAAUUUUCCCGCCUUUUUCGGGCCCUCUCGCUUCGCCGCAAACGCCCCCGAAUUUCAACCUUUGCCCUCGCGUUUCAUUUUCUGUCGCGUUUACGAGUUUUCGCUUUAAUUUUUCUGUCACAAAUUUCGAGUCUUUUUUUUUGGGGACGCAACUCCACAUAUUUUUGGUUCAUUUUGUUGGGGUUUGUGUGGAAAACGGGGCGAAAAAGCCGCUUUUUGGGGUUAUUUUACCCACCCACCCGCCAUGUUUUGCCGCCUCGAGAGGCCUCAUUUUUCUGUCAAAUUUACACAUUUUGAGCCUUUUUGCUUAAAUUUUUCUGUCACAAAUUUCAAGUAUUUUUGGGGGGUUAUUCCCACAAUUCCACGUGGUUUGGGUUCAUCUUUUUGGGGUUAAAAUGGGGCGAAAAAGCCGCUUUUUGGGGUACUUCAUACCCACCUCACCCGCCAUUUUUUGACGCCUCAAGAGGCCUCAAUUUUCUGUCAAAUUUACACAUUUUGAGUCUUUUCGCUUUAAUUUUUCAGUCACAAAUUUCGAGUCUUUUUUUGGGGACGCAACUCCACAUAUUUUUGGUUCAUUUUGUUGGGAUUUGUGUGGAAAACGGGGCGAAAAAGCUGCUUUUCAGGGUUAUUUUACCCACCCCACCCGCCAUUUUUUGGCGCCUCAAGAGGCCUCAUUUUUCCAUCAAAUUUACACAUUUUGAGUCUUUUUGCUUUAAUUUUUCAGUCACAAAUUUCAAGUCUUUUUUUGGGAUGUGACUUCACGUAUUUUGGGUUCAUUUUGUUGGGAUUUGUGUGGAAAAUGGGGCGAAAAAGCCGCUUUUUGGGGUUAUUUUACCCACCCACCCGCCAUGUUUUGCCGCCUCAAGAGGCCUCAAUUUUCUGUCAAAUUUACACAUUUUGAGUCUUUUUGCUUUAAUUUUUCAGUCACAAAUUUCGAGUCUUUUUUUUGGGACGUGACUUCACAUAUUUUGGGUUCAUUUUGUUGGGGUUUGUGUGGAAAAUGGGGCGAAAAAGCCGCUUUUUGGGGUUAUUUUACCCACCCACCCGCCAUGUUUUGGCGCCUCAAGAGGCCUCAUUUUUCUGUCAAAUUUACACAUUUUGAGCCUUUUUGCUUUAAUUUUUCUGUCACAAAUUUUAAGGAUUUUUAGGGGGGUAUUCCCACAAUUCCACGUGGUUUGGGUUCAUCUUUUUGGGGUUAAAACGGGGCGAAAAAGCUGCUUUUUGGGGUACUUCAUACCCACCCCACCCACCAUUUUUUGGCGCCUCAAGAGGCCUCAUUUUUCUGUCAAAUUUACACAUUUUGAGUCUUUUUGCUUUAAUUUUUCAGUCACAAAUUUCGAGUCUUUUUUUUUGGGACGUGACUUCACAUAUUUUUGGUUCAUUUUGUUGGGAUUUGUGUGGAAAACGGGGCGAAAAAGCUGCUUUUUGGGUUUAUUUUACCCACCCCACCCGCCAUGUUUUGGCGCCUCAAGAGGCCUCAUUUUUCUGUCAAAUUUACACAUUUUGAGUCUUUUUGCUUUAAUUUUUCAGUCACAAAUUUCGAGUCUUUUUUUUGGGACGUGACUUCACAUAUUUUGGGUUCAUUUUGUUGGGAUUUGUGUGGAAAAUGGGGCGAAAAAGCCGCUUUUUGGGGUUAUUUUACCCACCCACCCGCCAUGUUUUGCCGCCUCAAGAGGCCUCAAUUUUCUGUCAAAUUUACACAUUUUGAGUCUUUUUGUGUUAAUUUUUCUGUCACAAAUUUCGAGUCUUUUUUUGGGGACGCAACUCCACAUAUUUUGGGUUCAUUUUGUUGGGAUUUGUGUGGAAAACGGGGCAAAAAAGCCACUUUUUGGGGUUAUUUUACCCACCCACCCGCCAUUUUUUGCCGCCUCAGAAUCCCCAAACCCGCGUGAGGUAAAAGGGACGAAAAAGCCGCUUUUUGGGGUGAAAAAGGGGGAAUUUGGGGUUUUUUGGGGAGGGGGUGAUCCCGGCCAGGCCGGAACGUCGCGAGUUUUGGGGAUUUUGGGGAAAUUUGGGGGCAAAGCCUUGAUUUUGGGGGCGAUCCCGCGAUUUGACCCCGCGAGGCUGUUCCGUCCCUGUCGCUCUUUAGUGCGAAAUUAAAGUUGCUGUGCGAAAAAUAAUAAGUAAAAAAACCCGAAAAUCC